CGUAAGCUCGUCUUCGUUUGGCUGUAUAUAAAGCAAGCAGCGGCAGACACCAGACCCAAUCUGAUGUUUGGCCAUAUACACAAACAACUUGAUCAUACUUUGAACUAAAAGAAUGGCAUCCACCAAGCUGGCCCUCCUGCUGGUCGUGCUGUCCUGCAUCGAGAGCUGUCUGUCCACCUCGUGCGUGGUCGACAGCUUCACCGUCAAACAGGACUUCGACCCAAAGAGGUACUCCGGGAAGUGGUACGCUCUGCAGAAGAAAGACCCCGAGGGCUUGUUCCUGCAGGACAACAUCUCCGCGGAGUACACCAUUGACGAUGACGGCAGCAUGACGGCUUCCUCCAAAGGACGCGUCACACUUUUCGGCUUCUGGGUCGUAUGCGCCGACAUGGCCGCCCAGUACACCGUCCCUGACCCCGCCACCCCCGGCAAGAUGUUCAUGAACUACCAGGGACUGGCCAGUUACCUGUCGAGCGGAGGCGACAACUACUGGGUAAUCGACACUGACUACGACAACUACGCCAUCACCUACGCCUGCCGCACCGUCAAGGAAGACGGCAGCUGUGACGACGGCUAUGCCCUGGUCUUCUCCAGGAACCCCCGUGGCCUGCCCCCCGCCAUCCAGCGCAUCGUGCGCCAGAAGCAGGAGGACAUCUGCAUGGUCGGACAGUUCCAGCCCGUGCUGCAGUCCGGAGCUUGCUAAGGAAGAGGGGAAAUGAGAGUGGGGAAGCGAGUGGUGACACCUGGUUGCAGUUUUUGUGGCUUGAAAGCGAGAGUGAUGUGGAUUCUGUGGAACUGAGUGUUUGCCUGGACUGAUGUAAUAAAAGCAUAGAAGAGUGACCACCUUACAUACCCCCAUACCUGGAGUCCAAGUUUAUGAAGUUGCUCUCUUCUGUGGUCUUUGAAUGAAUGUAACAUAAAAUAAAAUGUUUUUUUUUUUCUAAAA